AUGGCGCCAAUCAAAAAGGGCAUUCUUGAGCGUCUGAAUGCAGACGAGGUUGUCAUUGGAGACGGGGGCUUUGUGUUCGCCCUGGAGAAGAGGGGGUACGUGAAGGCAGGACCGUGGACCCCGGAGGCCAACGUAACGCACACCGAGGCGGUUCGCCAGCUGCACAGGGAAUUCCUCCGGGCAGGGUCCAAUGUCAUGCAAACCUUCACCUUCUACGCCAGCGAUGAUAAACUGGAGAACCGAGGCAACGACCUGCAUCUUACUGUAUGCGCUUCAGUUUCUGGACAGCAAGUCAACGAGGCCGCUUGUGACCUCGCCAGAGAAGUGGCCAAUGAGGGAGACGCUUUGGUGGCAGGCGGAGUUUCGCAGACGCCCUCCUACCUGAGCUGCAAGAGUGAGAGUGAAGUGAAGGCCAUCUUCCAGAAACAAUUAGAUGUUUUUGUUAAGAAGGAUGUGGACUUUUUGAUUGCUGAGUACUUUGAGCAUGUGGAGGAGGCAGAGUGGGCCGUCCAGGUUCUGCAGACUACAGGGAAGCCGGUAGCGGCCACACUGUGCAUCGGACCUGAGGGAGAUCUGAAUGGAGUCAGUCCUGGAGACUGUGCGGUCAGGCUGGUCAAGGCUGGUGCCAAGAUCGUAGGAGUCAACUGCCACUUUGACCCCAUGACUUGCGUGAAGACGGUGAAGCUCAUGAAGGAGGGUGUGGAACGUGCAGGACUAACGGCCCACUACAUGGUCCAGCCCUUAGCUUACCACACCCCAGACUGCAACUGCCAGGGCUUCAUCGACCUGCCAGAGUUCCCCUUCGCACUGGAGCCCAGAAUUCUGACCAGAUGGGACAUGCAUCAAUAUGCCAGGGAGGCGUACAAAGCUGGCAUUCGAUACAUUGGUGGCUGCUGUGGUUUUGAGGCCUACCACAUACGUGCUCUGGCAGAGGAGCUGGCACCGGAGAGAGGUUUCCUGCCUGCUGCUUCUGAAAAGCAUGGACUGUGGGGCAGCGGCUUGGAGAUGCACACCAAGCCCUGGGUCAGGGCAAGGUCCCGCCGUGAAUACUGGGAGAGGAUCCAGCCAGCUUCUGGACGUCCCACUUGCCCCUCCAUGUCCACACCUGAGGGCUGGGGAGUGACCAAGGGUCACGCAGACCUCGUUCAGCACAAGGAGGCCACCAGUGAGCAGGAGAUCCAGCACCUGCUGGAGGUGCAGAGGAAGGUUAAGGCCAGCGCCUGA